CUUCAAUCGGGCCGGGGAAGCUAUCACAUAACCAAAAUGGCGUAGUUUCACAACGUUGUAACCGAAGGCCAACAGUGUCAGGUGACAUUUGUUUACUUCCGCCAGAAUCUUCAUACACGUGUAGUAAAAGCUCAGCACCCAUAUGAGCAUCAGACCAUGGACGCCCACACUGCAAUUAAACCCUUCAGCAAAGAAGAGACUCAGAGGAUUCUGACUCAUUUGCAGCAGCCGGCAGUCUUUGUGAACAUGACGUGUGACUGGCCUGCUCUCCACUGGACUGCGCAGCAGUUGUCUGUCUGCCUCGGUGACAAACUUGUACGAUUCAGACUGGGGACAAGGGAGAACAUGAACACACCUCUAUUUGAAACCCAGUGUCCUUAUGUUGAAGCCACGCUGAUGCAGUUUCUCAGCUGGACUAGUGGUCAGACUGGAGCCAAAGUUGGACCUCUCUCUGAAUUCUCCUACUCUGAGUACUGGGCCUAUGCUGACUACAAGUACAUAGCUGUGCUGUGUCAAGAUCAGCCUUCUAUGUUCAAGGAUGUGAAAUGGUCGGACUUUGGUUUCGAGGGACGUGAUGGAAGAAAUAGCACCGUCUGGAUCGGUACAGAAGGAGCCAACACACCCUGUCACCAAGACUCUUAUGGCUGCAACCUGGUGCUGCAGGUUCAAGGAAGGAAACGUUGGCACCUCUUCCCUCCAGAUGACACCUCCAACAUCUACCCAACCAGAAUCCCUUAUGAGGAAUCCAGUGUCUUCAGCCAGGUGGACGUUCUCCAUCCAGAUCUGAAGAGGUUCCCAGACUUUCAAAAGGCCAGACGGCACGUCGUCACUCUGCAGCCAGGCCAGGUGCUUUAUGUUCCCAGACACUGGUGGCACUACGUGGAAUCCGUGGAUCCCAUCACUGUCAGCAUCAACUCCUGGAUUGAGAUGGAUGUGGAUGAUGUGGCGAGAGUCAGUGAAGCAGUGACCAAGGCCGUGGUCUGUGCUGUGAAAAACUGUCAGAGUGAUGACAACAGGGACGACUGGUUGAAUCCCACAGAGGAAGGAGUGACAUCCCAUAAUGAGAACAUGCAGUACUUGAACCUGGCCAUUAGAGCUUGUGCACAGAAACAGAUGCAGCUCUGCCCCAGUAAAGUGACACCGGACCCCCGAGACCACCGGGCUGCUAAACGUGACUACAGCGGAGACACAAGGAAAAGGAGAGACUCUGUGAGAGACAGUGCAGCCUUCAGCCUUCCCUUUGGACCACAUCUCAUAUCUGUGUGCAGUCAGCAAGAAAGUGCAACAGCCACCAGGCAGAUGAGCCCAGAAGGUGCAGAGGGCAGGUCUCCGGGGCAACGCACAACACAGAGAAGUGAGUCUUCAUCCACUGUGAGUAGACUGCAGUGCGGACAACAUGAGUGUUGGUGUGGUUUAGGUCGGUGUGGAGCCUGCUGUCUACCAGAGAGGAUGUCAGAGGAGUCCUCAGAGGACACAGAGGAGCCCAGAGGUUUAGUAAUAACCACUAAUGACCUGCUGGACUGCCUGCUUCAUCCUGACAUCAUCACACGUGUGACUGAGCUUCUACUGACCAGACACACAGGAGACCACAGAGACACUGCAGCAUCCUAGCAUCUGUAUUCACCUCACAUCACACACAUUAAUGGCGAUAUGUCUUUGUGAAACAAUUUAUUCUUUUACCAAUAGAAUGAGUCAAAGGUUUGAGUGUUUCAGUAUAAGUAUACAUAAGUAUGCAAGAGAAACUUGCAUACGUAUGUAUACAGUUUAAAAGAUGUAUUAUUAUAAAUAACAUUGUAAAUUUACAGGAACAGUUUUUUCCCUGCAGAACUCUGUCCUACAGGCUGACUCACUCAGUUUGGGGACAGGAGGAAGCUGGAGAUGAACGCAUCGUCUCAUCUGACUUUUCUUUCUCCUCUCGUUCAUCAAUUUCCUCUUGAGAUACGACCCGGAUGCUGGGGGGGGGUCAAAACUAAAGCAAAUUAUAAUGUGAUGAGUGACAUCAUAGAGGAGGCUGAAAUGUUCCCUCGUGUUGUUGACUUACACAGACUAAUCCUGUUUGGCUCCUGCACAGGAAGAAAGAUGAGUAGCUACAAUCGUAUUAGUAUGCUGAUAGGUUCAAUAAUGCGAUUGGACAUUCAUGGGAUUUGAAGGUUUGUUUUCUGAAUAAUGUUUCUUCGUUAUUUGGUGUCAACUGUUGUUGCUGAACAACAGCCGAAGGGUAACGAGCUGUGAGUGAAACCAGUCUGUCGGCCUGCUGUCGCUGCUCACCCAUCUCAGGAGAAGGAGUCUUUGUCUGCACAGGCCGUU